AUGCCUCCCCCACAUGCCCGGACGGCCUUGUCGUCCUCGAUACGCUGCAAUGCCUGCGUCAAUUCCUCCGUAACGCGCCGCGCAUUCGCCUCUUCGCCUGCCCCGCGCCAGGUUGGACCCGAAUCUCCCAGAUACAUAGACGUCCCGAAGCCGCUGCAGCAGAAGGCGCCCUACAAGCCCGUCGUCAAAGGAUCCCUGCCCGUCCCCCGCAAUAUCUUCAUCAAUCGGAGCAGGCUGGAGAAGGACUCCAAGGAGUUCCUGGACAAUGCCACACGAGAGCCAUCCACGGCAGCCUCGCUCGGCGGACUCCAUGCCGAUCGCCUUGCUUGGAAGCAACGUCUCUCAGCAUUGAGGAGGAAGAACCUCCGCGAAGGUGUGACUUCUUUGCACAAGCGCAAGCAAAGAAGCGACGAAUUCUUGGCCAAGCGGGGCACGCAGCGCCAGAACCAGCAAUUGAGCCUCAUCAACCAGCGGCCGCGCGAUGACGAGGUCUUCACCAACCCCAGCGUGUCCAAGGUCGUUCGCGACUUCCUCAGCGGCGUGUAUAACACCGUUUCCGACAAAAAUGUGCUGCAGAAGAAGGCGGUCAUCGCACGCAGGGAAGCAGGGAAGACGGAGCACAGGAAGGAGGCCCUGCACAAGCUAUACACGCACGCAAAAGAGUACAUUCUCACCGAAGACCAGCUGUCCAAGGCUAUUGAAGACACGUUCGGCACCGAGGACAACCUUCCGGGCUUCGCUACCGGCAAUUCUAAGCAGGGUCGUAGCAUCUGGGCUCGAGGCUCGUUGUUGAACACGGCCCAGAUGUUGGCGGCAAACCAGGGCAGGAGCAAUAGAGCGGUGACCAACAAAUCAAGCCCCGAAGUGACGCAGAAACGCAUCCACCAGAUUGCAGAGGAGCUCACCGGCGGCAAGAUCCCGCGCCAGGAGGAUGCCAUUUGA